UUUAGUCGGUUAUCCACCAUUUACAAAACAACGUGAUGAUUAUGAUUUAGAAACACAAAUUAUUCAAGGUUUAUAUGAUUUUCCUCAAACAUUUUGGCAUGAAAUAAGUCAACAAGCUAUCAAUCUUAUUAAACGUAUGCUUAUUGUUAAUCCAAUGCAUAGAAGUUCAAUUCAU